GAGGUGGGGAUCUAAGAAGAUUGGCAUCCCGAUGCGCCCCUCCUCCCAGCAGCUCUCCUCUCCAACCCAGUCCUAGAAGGAGACACAGGCCGGUGGCCACCUGCCAAGUCAGGCUUGGGCGGCGAGGGAGGAGGGGCAGGGGCCCCGGGAGGUGGCCUUUGCGAUACCGGGGCCACUCCUGCCGACUCUGGCCGUGCGGGAGCGAGCUGGCUGUACAAAAGGCCCCGGCGAGGCAGGGCGGGCCUGCGGCGGGAGGUGGGCUCUAGACCCCCCACCUGUUGCGGGGCGCUGCGGGCUGCAGAGAUGGGCCGCUACUCUGGCAAGACGUGCCGGCUGCUGUUCAUGCUGGUGCUCACCGUGGCCUUCUUCGUGGCCGAGCUGGUGUCGGGGUACCUGGGCAACUCCAUCGCGCUGCUCUCGGACUCGUUCAACAUGCUGUCUGACCUGAUCUCCCUGUGCGUGGGCCUGGGCUCGGGCUACAUCGCGCGGCGUGGUACCCGCGGCUCCGGCGCCACCUACGGCUAUGCUCGCGCCGAGGUGGUGGGCGCGCUCAGCAACGCGGUCUUCCUCACCGCGCUCUGCUUCACCAUCUUCGUGGAGGCCGUGCUGCGCCUCGCGAGGCCCGAGCGCAUCGACGAUCCCGAGCUGGUGCUCAUCGUGGGCACCCUGGGGCUGGCAGUCAACGUGGUGGGGCUGCUCAUCUUCCAGGACUGCGGAGCCUGCUUUGCGGUCUGCACGCGGCGCCGGCGCCGGACCCGCCCUCCGCAACCGCCGCCCCAGGGGGACCCUUGUGGCGCUUUGGGGAGCCCCCAAGGGGCUGCGGCAGCCACGGCCCCCGGCUCAGAUGCAGUAGUGACUCUCCGGGGGGCCUCGGCCGGAAGAAAGCUGCAGGAGGGCGCGACUGUGUUCUCAAAUGUAGCAGGUGAUUCCCUGAACACCCAGAAUGAGCCAGAGGAGAUGAUGAAAAAAGAGAAAAAGUCUGAAGCACUGAACAUCAGAGGUGUUCUCUUGCAUGUGAUGGGAGAUGCCUUGGGGUCCGUGGUCGUGGUCAUCACGGCCAUCAUAUUCUAUGUCCAUCCCCUGAGAAGUGAAGACCCGUGUAAUUGGCAAUGCUACAUUGACCCCAGUUUGACUGUUAUCAUGGUCAUCAUUAUUUUGUCAUCUGCUUUCCCACUGAUCAAGGAGACUGCUGUCAUCCUGUUGCAGAUGGUCCCCAAGGGAGUUAACAUGGAAGAGCUCAUGAGCAAGCUCUCUAGCGUGCCUGGAAUUAGCAGUGUUCACGAAGUGCACAUCUGGGAACUGAUAAGUGGGAAGAUCAUCGCUACCCUGCAUGUCAAGUACCAGAAGGGCACGGAGUACCAGGAUGCCAGCAGAAAAAUCCGAGAGAUCUUUCACCAUGCUGGAAUCCACAGUGUGACCGUCCAGUUUGAAAUGGUGGACUUGAAGGAAGCCCUGGAGCAGAAGGACUUCUUGCUGACCUGCAGUGCCCCCUGCAUCUCCCAGAGCUGUGCCAAGAAACUGUGCUGUCCCCCGGGGGUGCUGCCACUGGCUCUCGUCAAUGGCUGUGCAGAGCACAAUGGUGGACCCCAUCUAGAUGCUCAGGAAGUGGCCAUUGAUAUGGCUUCGGAUGGCGGUCCAAGGGAACAGGGACAGACUCUUAGCAAGACUCAAGAGGAACAUCACUAUGAAAACAGUACUCAUUUUUAGUGGGUUUCCACACAAAACCAGACUGUCUGGACAGGCACUUUGGGUCACCAGCUCUGCUUGUGGAAAGAGCUUUGUUGGUGUGUACCCUGUCAGUAGGGGUCAGAUGUUUGGGAUGUUCGUGGAACAAGCCUGCUGAUUUUCAUGUGGUCACCCCUUUCCAUUACCCUGGGCGUCUCAUGCUUCCCUGCAACAAUUUUAGCGUGAACGUGGGUUUCCUCAAGCAAACUUCACUCGCGUGUGUAUCAGGGAUAUUGAAGGCUGGGACUCAGUAACCAUGGCACAGGACUCAAACUCAGUCUUGUCUUGUGGUGCUGGGGAAUUGAACACAGGGCUCAUGUGUACUAAGGAACUGCUCUGUUACAGAGAUUCACCAUGGCCCUUGUUUUUAAAGUGUUUAGAAUUUCUAGCUGACUCUCAAAUGAGCUCAAAGCUUAAAUGGGUAGGAAAAAAAUUGAGGCACAUGAACUAUGUUUUCCUCUCUUCCCCUCAAAGAUCAUAAAAGAUGGAAGUCAGCUAUCUGUGGCACUUCAGAAAUAUAUAUUGUUAGGUCCAUUCUUGGACCAUGAGAAACAGACACCUAAUAAAAAAUGCAAAAUGCUUAGUUGUUAAGGUGCACAAACAGAAAGCCUCUUAAGGCAGAAAAUGCUCUCAACACAUUAGAGGAGGUAGACUUUACUGGGGUGGAGGGGAAAGUAGGUUCUGGACCAUCUCUUCAUUCUGUGAGGUGUGAGGUGGCUACCGUUUACUUUCUGCUGGGAGCUAAGCUGAGCUGUGGUGUGUUGCCAAUGUUUAAUCAUGUAACACAUUCAUUACACUCAGAAGUGUGGGGACAGACUUCUACUUUCUUAUUUACUUAUUUACCAUUUCUGAGAGUCUCCAGGUAGGAUUGUUGGCGCUUGUUGUUCUGAUAAUGAUUUUUUUGUCCGGAUUUCCCCACAGUCUUCUCUUUACGAUCACAUUGAUCCAUGUAGUAUUGACCAGGGGGAGAUGAAUAUUCCAGGGACAGGAAAAUAUUCAUUCCUGCUUAAUGAAUAAGCUAGCCUGCCUUUGCUUUAAUUUGGUAUAUUUUAAAGUAUUUAUUAUAGUUGCCAACUAGUAACUGUAUGGAAAAGUUGUAUCCAAUCGAGAAAUGAAAAGUAAUUUGAUUGCUGCUUUUAAUGUGUUUGAUGGCACUUAGAGUUUUAUGUCUGUGACCCACGUUACCAAGUUCAAAUAAAUUGUUUAUGAUCUGAUUCAGACACAUAACGGAACUGUAUUGGUAGGAGAAAGUGCAGAAAUGUCUGUCAUGUGUUUAACACCUUACCUUGUUUGGGCAUCCUUGUUUAAUCAAAGCCUCAUAGGUAUGACAUGGGGAUGCCUGACUGAGGGAGCCAGCACGGAGUUUGACAAGCUCCAAGGCUGGUGGAAAGUUAUCUUGUCCUAGGCUGUCAGCUUUGGUCGUAUUGAGAAACUACACAGGACUCAUCAGAAGUGGUGAAUGGUCACAGAAACGGCACCCAGAGUUUUCAGUGCAAACACCAUUUUAAAGAAACUGUCUUUCCUGGGUGUAGUGGCAUAUGCCUGUAGCCCCAGCUACUCAGGAAGUUGAGGAGGGAAAGUCACUUGAACCUAGGAGUCCAGGCAAAAUAGUGAGACUCAGUUUUUUGUUUGUUUGCUUGUUUUUUAGCUAUUAGUCUUAAAUUUAGAGGUUGUUGGGCAGCUAUGGUCAGGAAUAUAGGAAAUUCUUUAUUCCUUUUAAGUUGGUUAGAUCAACCAUCCUUAAGUAAAUAGAAAACUGUAUAAAACCUUUCUAAUUCCCAGAAGUUUUUGUGUUAGAUUGUAUGCACUUUAUAAGCUAGGAGCAAAGACAAAAUUUCUACUUUGGGCAUCAAACAUAACAGGCUAGUGGAUUCCCUAGGAACCCAGCAUGGUGAUGGGUGAGCAAAUUCCUCCACAUAAACACUGUUUAAUGCCUUAGCUGAAGCCAAAGUAGAAAUUUGUCUCUAACUUAAAAAUCUGAAUUCCUAUCACUGCCUUAUUAUUAAAGGAGAAACUAAAAUUUUACAGCUUUCCUGCUACUAGCUAAAGGAAUGUAUUCUAGUUAGCAUGUAAAUAACAAUCUUUAAUCUCUGAAGUAUUUUUCUGGAAAGAAAAUACAUUUAAUUCUGACGUAAUUAAACCUAACCUGAGAAAACGAUCUUGAUUGAUGCUUGCAUAGCAAAUAUAGACAGAAGCCAGUAUGAAAUAUGGCUUUUUGAAGACAGCCGAAAGUGCAUUUAAUAAUGUGCAAACAAGUCAAGAGGAUGCAAUGUUUCUGCUACAUGAUUGUAUUCAACACCACCAGCCCUGGAUGUUUGGUGUUUUUGCUUAGGGUUUCCCGGACCAUUGAUUGUCUUGUUUUUUUAAUUAUCUGAGGGCAGUGCAUGAUAUUUUUCCCUCCCGAAUCAGCAAUCAGAUGAUGCAUCUGGUGGACAAGACAACACACUUUCUUUGAGCUUAGGUAAACAGUGACACUCAGUUCGUGUUCCUGCAUGCUCAGGUUGCUCCUAGAACCCCCAGCUCCAACCCUCCUGCCUGCUCUUCCUUCCAUCCUGCUUGUCUUCUUCAUUUCCCCCCUAAAGUGGUGGUGACCACCAAUGUCAGGGCCUUCAAGGUUUCCAGGCAAACGCUCGACUCUGGAGCUGUAGCCCCAACCUCACAGACUUCUUUAUAACAUGCAUUACACCCUCUGUGGGGCGUCAGGACUAGGUGUCCUGCAUGCCGACUUGUCUGCUCUCCUUCGGGUAUUUUCCUAGCUCUCCCGUCUUUGGUUCUCUAUGGAUAACACAUCACUUCCUUCUUCCAGCACACUUCAGCACCAGUUAUAGGAACCGAUCCCUUUGUUUCAUUUCCUAUCUUCUAAUCUCAAUUUUAAAAAUUGGGAUCUUUGUUUCUUGACAUUUGGUUAUUCAAACACCCACAGGGCACACACACACACACACACACACACACACACACACACACACACACGCCCUGUAAAUUAGGCACUCCAAGAUUCAAUGGAGUGCGUGUUUGUCUUUGUCAGGGUGUCUCCACCUUGACACGCUGGCAUUCUGAGUUGGGUGUUCCAGACCAUCUUAGGUAUUGCAUGUUAUUUAGUAGCAUUAUUGGCUUCUAAUCCCAAAUCCCAAAUCAUCUCCCUAACUUAUGACAACUAAGAAUUCCUCUAGACAUUCCCUGGGGAGAAGUUUUGUGUUCCUUCCUCCUUCUAAGCUACUAGGUGUAACUGUGUUUGAACAGUACUGAUGGAACCCUCUCCCAUCCCAAGCCCAGCAAUGUUUUUAGUAUCAUCCAUUCGGCAGAAUUCACUACCCUGUCUCCCAGACUGGCCCCAAACUCUCCAUCCCACAGCCUUAACCUCCUGAAUCCAGGGGUUAUAGGCAUUCACCACCACACUUGGAUUAGGAUUCACUGUUGUUUUUUUUUUUGUUUGUUUGUUUUUGGUUUUUUCAAGACAGGGUUUCUCUGUGUAGUUUUGGUUCCUGUCCUGGAUCUCGGUCUGUAGACCAGGCUGGCCUCAAUCUCACAGAGAUCCACCUGCCUCUGCCUCCCAAGUGCUGGGAUUAAAGGCAUGCGCCACCACCACCCAGCAGGAUUUACUGUUUACAAGCAAUACUUUAAAAUGUAUUUCAUUUGUUGUGCCGAGGCUAGAAGCCAGAGCCUUGCUGCGUGGGCAUCCACUCAACGGUUGAACCACCCCAAGAGCCAAGCACGUGGUAACCCAAGCCAAGCAGUUCAAGUUAUCCUCAGUGAGUUCGAGGCUAGCCUUUCUACAUGAGGUUUCAGUUUGGUCACACUUUGAUUUGGGCUUUGCAUUUCGUUAGAGAUCACUGGCUGAUGGUGAGCCUUCUCUAUCGCUCUGUCCUUGCGUGACCUUCUGUCACCUUUUUGUGCUUCUGAGCUUAUUUCCAGUCGAGUGACCUUGAGUGGGAACGAGGUUAUCAAGCCAGCCAGGAAAGGAGUUUCUUUUUUUUUUUUUUUCUUUUUUUUUUUGGUUUUUCGAGACAGGGUUUCUCUGUGUAGCUUUGUGCCUUUCCUGGAACUCACUUGGUAGUCCAGGCUGGCCUCGAACUCACAGAGAUCCGCCUGGCUCUGCCUCCCGAGUGCUGGGAUUAAAGGCGUGCGCCGCCCGGCGAGUUUCUUAAACAGAACUUGUGUCAGACAAGAAUCCUCAAUGUAUAAAAUGUUCUUAGAAUUUGGAGCAGCUCUGUUGUUUCCCGACACUUCCUCUCCCCUAAGCACCCCACCCCAGACCCUUUUUAUUUACAUGGAACUUUCUUAGCUAAGUUAGAAGGACAGGCGCCUUCGGGCCAGGCACUGAACCUACUCUGAAAUGUAAUGAGUAUAAUCUAGAAAAAGUGAUUGUCAAGGGAGAGCCAUCCCUUCUGGAGGCCUGAGGUUAUGUUACAGUAUAGUGGAGUUUUGUUGCUUAAAAUCCUCCUUUUAUUCUCAAGGGCACGUCUGCCAACGUAUAACUAUCACAUUUUUGGGGGUGGGGGGAUUGUUGAAAGGUUAAGGUGAAGAGUUUCAGUAACUCCUUGCUAAUUGCACGUGAACCCCCCCACAACGAUGUACAUAUACUUACCUGCUGCAGGUGGAAAAUGUUCAAUGGUGCUGUAAAUGAAUUGUUUUUGUGGAAUUAAACAGACAAUGUGAAGCAGCUGAA